AUGGUAGCUAUUAUGUCCGAGUCAGGUUCAAGUAGUAAUGUGAAGCAAGGGAUGCAGAAGCAGAAGCAGAACCCAUUUGAAUUCAGUCACGACAAGAUCCUGGAUGAUGUUUACAGAACACAUUUUCAUUGUCUUGAGAAGUGUGAUACAGCUUCUCUUCACAGCGCUGCCUCUGAUGUUAUCAACCUCUCCAUGGAAAUCUCAGAAAAGGUGAUUGCUAAGAGUGAGAAACUCAGCGAUCAGUUCAGAGAAGACACGACCAUAACUUUCCAACAACUUGCUGCCAAACUGAAGCGAAUUGCUUAUCUGAUGAUAUGUACUCCUCGUGGUGAACAUCCAGUUCAUUGCACAACGAUGUUGAUUCUGGAACAGCUGAAACAUUAUUCUUGGGAUGCAAAAGUACUGAUAGUUCAAGCAGCUUUUGCCCUGGAAUACGGCAAAUUCUUGUACCUUCUUCCUCUGAUCGCACCAUGCCAGCAGUUUGAAAGUUCAUUUGCAGAUUUGCAUGGACUUCUAAUGGUUCCACAGAACAAAAAGAACCUCACUCACUUCAACGGUGUGGUGAAGAAGGUAAUGGAAGUGGUUGAAUGUAUCACUGUGUGGAAGAAGCUUAUUAGUGCAGGGCAUGACAUAAGAGAUGUACCUACUUUGGCAGAAAGUUUGCAAGAGAUUCCUAUUGUUGUGUACUGGACAAUUUUCACCUUUAUCACCUGUACUGGUGAAAUUGAUGACUUCACUCGUAACAAGGAUCAAAGUCACGAUUUAUGGACACAGUUGGAGAAUAAACUUGAAUCCAUUCUAGGAAAAUUCAAGAAUCUUCUGGAAAGGUGUAGCAACGAGAUAGAAAGAAUAGAGGACUUCACCAGGCGUAAGAAUAUUGUUUCUCGUGGUAGAGAUAUUGUAAAGGUUUUGAAAGCACUCAUCAUUUCUGAAGACAACAGGGAUUUAAGACAGAAUGUGUAUUAUAUUGACCACUCUGAAAAACAGGUUAAACUGGAAGAGUUUAAAAAGAAGUAUGUGUUAUUAUUCAUUUCGGGCCUUGAAAAUAUUAAAGAGGAGAUUCAACUUUUAAACUCAAUAAACGAAAAGUUGAAGGAGAAGCCAAGAGAAGUGGAAGGUUAUCGGAGUGAAGAUUUCAAGAUUUUGUGGAUACCCAUUGUGGAUGAAUGGAAUGAGGAACGUAAAAAAAAAUUAGAGAGUAAUUUACGGGAGACUAAGUUUGGAUGGUACGUGGUUAAAUAUUUAAACUUUGAAACAAGCCUCAAGUUAAUUAGAGAGGAAUUAAGGUACGAGGGAAAACAUGUUUUCCCACUAAUAAAUCCUCAAGGGAAGGUGGAAAACAUUGAUACAAAGCAAAUUCUAUCUCGGUGGGGCAUCGAUGGGUUUCCUUUCAGAACUUCUGAUCAAAACCAACUUAGUCAACAAUGGGAGUGGUUUUGGGCUGAAAUGACCAAAUUCAAUCCAGCAAUACAGAACUGGAUCGAAGAAGAGGAUUGUUAUCUCUUCAUCUAUGGAGGCACUGACAUUAAGUGGAUUCAAGAUUUCACGACAGCCACGGAGGCACUGAAGAAGGAGGUUGAGAAAAUGAGUUUGGAGACAAAUAUCACAAUAGAAUCAUACCAACUAGGAAAGAAAGACACCAAAGUUGUUAUUCCACGCUUUUGGAUUGCCAUUGAUAGCUUACUAACAAGCAGGAAACAAGUGAAGGGUGGUGAAAGGGGGAAAGACUUUACAACAAAUGAGAUAAAGAAGAUGCUGUUCCUAAAACAAGAUCCUAAAGGAUGGGCCAUUCUUAGUAGAGGCAAAAAUGUGAGUCUCCUUGGUCAUGGUGAGGCCAUGUGUCGCACAGUCAAAGAAUUUGACACAUGGCGUGAGAAAUUGCGUGGAGUGAGCUUUGAUGUGGCUUUCAAAGAGCACUACAAGGGAAUCAUGCAGAAAGAUGGUUCUAAAAAGUGUGAAGAAAAUGUAAUUUGUUAUGGUUUUCCAACGGAUAUAGUGGAACGUAUUCCGUGCCCAAAAAAGGAUUGUCGACGUCCAAUGGAGGUAACUUCCGUCAAUUAUAAGUGUUGUCGUCAACAUCAACAAUAG